AUGCUCCUGUUGGAGCAUGGCGCUCAAGUGAAUCUUCGUGAUUGCGGAGGUUUCACAGCGUUACAUCGUGCUUGCCAACGAAGCUUCGCUCACGUCGCUGAGACGCUAUUGCGUGUUGGUCGAGCUAACCCUCAAAUCAAGUGUCCCUUUUCUGGCAACACUGCACUACACGAGGCUGCCAUGUUGGGUCAUGCAGACUGCGUGAACUGCCUGCUGCGCUACCAUGCAGCGCCCUGGGCGCGCAACACCGAGGCUGAGAUGCCGUUCGAACUGGCUCUUCGUUUCGGCUUCGCAGAUCUGGCAGCUGCACUUGCUGGUUACAAGCAGACUCCACCGAUCACCAGUCAAGUAUAUAAGCACAUCUAG